UUAAAACCAAGAAUUUAAACUCCGUACUGGCUGUAUUUAGAAAAGACAUGUUAGUUUCUCGUCGGCACAAGUCUCAUACACAACGAUUCCCAAGGAGGAGGCUUUUGAGGAGCCGAUUCGAAACACUGUGAAACCCCACCCGGCUACAGGAGUCGGUGUGUCUUGAACAAAAACGAACGCUCCCGAGCUAACGCGGGAAACGGAGUGUGGGUUCAGUGUUUUCCACAGAGGAGCAGCCGCCACGCUAAUCCAUAUAUUAACGUAUAUUAUCAGUAUCAGGGCCAACAGAUGACCCGAUCCCCACAGUCUUUAGCUGCUUCGCGCUGACCUGAGACGUUUAUUCUCGACAGGACCGCUGCCCUCAGGCUGUGGUGGAUCCGGGCCGCUUGAACUAGCCCAGAGGAGCAGUUAAUUAUAUGUCGGUCCUCGCGCGGCUCGUUAACGUUUGUCUCAGUAGCCACCGAGCAGUUGUUAGCUCACACACAAAGAGGGGAGUCUUGCUAACUAACUAACCAGCUAAACAACCAACAAACCAACCUCGUGUUCUUUAAAAAAAUGGAUACGUUUCAGAAGGUGGAGAAGAUAGGAGAAGGGACGUAUGGAGUGGUUUACAAAGCCAAGAACAAAGUCACCGGAGAAACUGUUGCUCUCAAGAAAAUCAGGCUAGACACGGAAACAGAGGGUGUACCGAGCACUGCCAUCCGAGAGAUUUCACUUCUAAAAGAACUCAGUCACCCAAAUAUUGUCAAAUUGCGGGAUGUCAUCCACACCGAGAACAAACUCUACCUUGUUUUUGAGUUCCUUCAUCAGGAUCUAAAAAAGUUCAUGGACUCUUCCUCAGUCGCUGGUAUCCCACUGCCUCUGGUUAAGAGUUAUCUUUUCCAGCUGCUGCAAGGCCUGGCCUUCUGCCACUCUCACAGGGUUCUUCAUCGAGACCUGAAACCUCAGAACCUCCUCAUCAACGCCCAGGGGGAGAUCAAGCUCGCUGAUUUUGGCCUGGCAAGAGCCUUCGGGGUGCCUGUCCGCACAUACACACAUGAGGUGGUAACACUUUGGUACAGAGCACCAGAAAUUCUCCUGGGCUGUAAAUACUACUCCACAGCUGUCGACAUCUGGAGUCUGGGGUGCAUCUUUGCUGAAAUGAUCACCAGGAGGGCCUUAUUCCCCGGCGACUCAGAGAUCGAUCAGUUAUUCCGGAUCUUCCGCACCUUGGGCACACCUGAUGAAAUCGUCUGGCCCGGAGUCACAUCAAUGCCUGACUACAAACCAUCUUUCCCCAAGUGGGCCCGGCAGGAUUUGUCCAAAGUGGUGCCUCUUCUUGAUGAGGAUGGAAGAGAACUGCUUGGAGAAAUGCUGAAUUAUGAUCCAAACAAAAGGUUAUCUGCCAAAAACGCCCUUGUACAUCGAUUCUUCCGCGACGUCACCAUGCCAGUUCCUCAUCUGAGACUCUGAGUCAAGCCGAAUAUCAGGCCAUUUUAAUGACAACAAUGUGUAAGCAAUAAGGACCUCCUCGCCUCACUUCAUGUCCACAACUGGAAUGGACAGAAAAAGUGGACACUACAGGAUACGUUGGAUCCUUUAAUGGAUAUUUGUAAAACCAGCUUUCUAGACGAUAGAUGUCCCAAGAGUUUUGCAGGGUUUUUUCAGCCAUGACGUUGUAAUAGUUAUGAAUGUUGAACUGUAAUUUUCAAUAUCAUUAUUUUGCAUAUUUAUGUGCAACUGCCAUUUUCGAUGUAAAUGUUAUUUGUGAUUGGGAUGGUCCUCUGACUGAGUGCAGGUCAGAUAGACACAUUCAAGUUAUCUGCCAUUAAAUUUUCCAAUUUAAAUGGUAUGUUGGCUUUAGGAUGUCCAAAUUCAAAUAGUCAAGUAGUUCGAAUUAAAUAUGAUUGAAUAAGUUUGUGGGAUAGUGCAAAUAACAAAUGUCAUGCUUUGUAAGACUGAGCAGCAGCUGAAUGAAACGUGAUGGCUCUCAGCACAAGUUGUCACACAACAAACAUCGUCAGCUGAUGUAAAACAGUUGGUGCUGAAAGAACAUGAGAUUACGAUUAUGUUCUUUUACGUUGAUUUUCUUGCAGUUAAAUUCAAAGUUUGGGGCGGAAGUAUCUUGAAGUGAUUUUAAAACGGCACCUUUUGGUUGUUUAACACACAAAAAAGCUUAUUGGUCAUUCAGGUUUGCUGGCAGGAUUACUCACCAAACUGAAGCUCUCAGCUUUGUACAUACAGUAGUGAUAUACAAAUGUUCCCUGUUGUAAUUUAGAUUUUACAGAAUUUAAUGUGCUGUUGCAUCUUUCUUACUCUAGAUUUUAUUCAAACUUAAUGAACCGUUUUUAUGGAUAUUGUUUAUUUACAGUUUGAAAAAAUAAACUUGUUUAAAUAACUGUUA